AUGACUUCGACUCCAGAGCUACCAUUGAGGAAUGAGUUUUUCCUGCCAACCAACAGCGGGGUGGGCGCUCAUCGAUUGUUGAAUGUCGACAAACCAUGCACUUACCUCUGUGGAAACUCUCUUGGGCUUAUGUGCAAGAGGUCGAGAGAGUUGGUGGAAGAAGAGUUGAGUGUGUGGGCCACAAGAGGUGUAAUUGGCCAUUUUGAUCAUCCUCAGAAGAGAGACUGGGUGGGACUUGCGGACCAUGCUAGGCCAUAUCUCGCGGAGAUUGUUGGAGCAAAUGAGAAAGAAGUGGCUUGCAUGAGCACGCUGACGACGAAUCUUCACUUGAUGAUGAAUUCGUUCUACAAGCCCACUUCAGAGCGGUACAAAAUUCUAUGUGAAGCAAAGGCAUUUCCCUCGGAUCAGUACGCGUUCGCCUCUCAAGCACAAACCCAUGGGCUCGAUCCUGCGAAGGCUGUUUUAGAGUUAUCACCUAGACCAGGCGAAUAUUGCCUUCGCGAGGAGGAUAUCCUCAAGGUCAUCCAACAAGAUGGACCUUCCAUCGCCGUUGUGAUUCUAAGCGGUGUUCAAUAUUACACUGGCCAAUGGUUUCCGAUGCAGUCCAUCACGCAGAAGGCUAAGGAACAGGGCUGUAUUUGCGGCUGGGAUCUCGCGCACGCAGUCGGAAACGUUCCCCUUUCACUGCAUGAUUGGGACGUGGACUUUGCCGUUUGGUGCACGUACAAAUAUCUCAAUUCGGGUCCUGGAGGUAUCGCCGGUCUUUACGUUCACGAAAAAUGGAAUGAUUCUUUGAAGCCAAAAUACUCCGGUUGGUGGGGACACGACCCUCUGACGCGAUUUGCCAUGCCAUCUCAAUUCUCUCCUGUCGAAGGUGCUGGAGGUUUUCAACAAUCUAAUCCGAGCAUCCUUGCUAUCGCUUCUUUGCUUGGCUCCCUUCAGACGUUCAAGAAGGCUGGCAUGAUGGCGCCACUGAGAAAGCAAUCCAUCUUAUUGACAAACUAUUUGGAAAAACUUCUGUUCCAAUCCAAGUAUUUCGUCCCUCUUGAGGAAGUGAGUACAAAAUAUAAAGAAGGAAAAGGACCACCUGGGUUUACCAUCAUCACCCCUCGAGAUACGAAGGACCGCGGUGCCCAGCUAUCAUUGCUUUUCCUACCCUCGGGAACUGGUGUGAUGCAGAAGAUUUUUGAAUCGCUUCAAAGCCACGGUGUUAUUGGAGACGAGAGGCAACCUGACGUGAUACGGCUUGCCCCGAUACAUCUGUACAACAACGAGGCUGAUUGUGAAGCAGCAGCACAGUACUUGAAUAGGGCAUUCGAUGAAUUCGAGGCCUAA